AUGGAAGCAGAUACGGUUUCCAGCGCUGCCGCAAGCGAGGUUCCAGUUUCGGUUGGUAUCCUGUCGCUGAGCGACGAAGUCGUUAUUGAACAAGACGGUGACUACAAGAUCGAGGACGAGAAGUACUUGCCGAUUGAGUGCCAAAAAGUGCUUGGGUUUGGCCAUAGCGGUGUGGUGCAAAGGGUGGAGCACAAGCAAACAAAAGAACUGUUCGCAAAGAAGGUUAUCAACUUUCCUCGUAAGGGCAAAGGCAGGGAACAGGCUGAGGAGCGAUACCAUAAUGAGGCUGCUAUCAUCCGCAGUCUUAGAACUCAUACUCACGUCAUUCGAUUAUUCGCUUCGUUUACGACGCCGGGCUCUGGCGGACUACUUUUGCAACCUGCUGCAGACGAAGGAGAUCUGCAUGACUACCUAGACAGAUUUGCCGACCUGGUCGAAAAACCCGCGAACUCAUCCACCAAUCUUGAAGCGAUGACCAGAGUUCUCGAACAGGCCUUCAGCGCAGCUAUCAAAAGCCGCGACAAAGUGUUAAUCUGUCUCAGUGGUAUCGGCACCUAUUCUGGUCGUGGAACUCUCAAGGAAGGUUGCAACCCAGCCGAACACACAAUGGUGUACUUAUCUGGGACUGAUCCUGCGUCAUGCUACAUUCCUGGCGAAUAUGAAAGUGGCAUGACUAAAGAGCCAAUCGAGGUUGUGCCAGCGGAACCAAGUGUGAGUAUCAGGAAGGAGUCUCGCAUCCGAUUCGGCAAAGUGUAUCCAAUCGAGAUGAACGUCGCAGUCAAAGACAUUGGCCGAGUUCGCGAAGACCAGAUCAGCGCACUGCUCAGCUACUGGCAGCAGGAAAACCAUACGCCGCCCCUUGCGUAUACUCCUUCAUCUUCAACCGCCUUCUCUUCGAACAACUGGUCAUCGGGCGGGCUUUCUUCUCAGCGUGUGUAA